GCCUUGCGUGCAUCCGGACCCCCGUCUCUUCCCCCCGGGCCUAGCCAUGCUUUGUCGGGCUCUGCUCUUCCUUUCCAGCGGGCUCUGCGCUUGGGGUUUCAACCUGGACUCCAAGGCGCCGACGGUUUUGGUCGGCCCCCCGGGCAGCUUUUUUGGCUUCUCCGUGGACUUUUACCUCCCGGAAGAACAGAGUGGCAGCAUCCUUGUUGGGGCACCCAAGGCUGAAACAGGCCAGCCAGAAAUUACGCAAGGAGGUGCGGUUUUCUAUUGUCCCUGGCAUCUUGGCAACAACAGCUGCACAACCAUUGAAUUUGAUAGCAGCAAAGGAUCCCGUUUGGAUGAACUCAAUGGGACGCUGGAGCAGAUGGAAUUUAAAUCUCUUCAAUGGUUUGGAGCCACGGUGCGAUCACACGGCAAAUCCAUCUUGGCCUGUGCCCCCUUGUACAGCUGGCGGACAACUAAGGAUGAACCUCAACAAGAAGUUGUGGGCACAUGUUACCUGUCAAUCAACAACUUUACUAAAUUUGUGGAAUAUGCUCCUUGCCGCUCAGAUCUGAACUCCCCUGCUGGACAAGGCUAUUGUCAAAGUGGUUUCAGUGCUGAAUUCACAAAGGCAGGAAGGGUUCUUCUCGGUGGCCCUGGAAGCUACUUCUGGCAAGGCCAAGUGAUCUCAGCAACUCAAGAGGCCAUUGAAGAAUCCUAUGACCCUGAGUAUUUAAUCGUUGUGGUUAAAGGAGAGCUCAAAACACAACAGACUCACCUCAAAGCGGAUGACAGUUACCUAGGCUAUUCUGUGACUGUAGGUGAAUUCAGCGGAGAUGCCACUGAAGAUUUUGUGGCUGGUGUGCCCAAAGGAAAUCUCACCUAUGGAUAUGUAACAAUUUUAAAUGGAAGUGACAUUCGACCAUUAUACAACUUUUCUGGAGAACAGAUGGCUGCCUAUUUUGGGUAUGCUGUGGCUGUCAUGGAUAUCAACAGUGAUGGACUGGAUGACCUGUUGAUCGGUGCCCCCUUGUUUAUGGAAAAAACGGAAGAUGGCCUUGUUCAGGAGGUGGGCAGGGUCUAUAUCUACCUGCAAAAGACAUAUGGCAUGGAGCCCAGUGCAUCAGCUGUACUGACCGGUCACCAAGAGUUUGGCCGCUUUGGCAGUGCUAUAGCCUCAUUGGGAGACCUCAACCAGGAUGGCUACAAUGAUGUGGCCAUCGGAGUGCCAUUUGGCAGACCGGGAAAACAAGGAAUGGUCUAUGUGUAUAAUGGCCAACAGAACGGGCUGGACUCCAAGCCGUCUCAAGUAUUGCAAGGCUCCUGGUCACCUGGUCAAGUCCCAGACUUCUAUGGAUUUGCUUUGCGUGGGGCCAAAGACCUGGAUGGAAACGGUUACCCAGAUCUAAUUGUGGGGGCCUUCGGAGUGGAUAGAACCAUGGUUUACAGAGGACGCCCCAUUGUUCAUGCCAGUGCCACUCUCAGCAUCUUCCCUACUAUGUUUAAUCCUGAGGAACGGGCAUGCACCCUGGAGGGAACUGGCACCCCUGUGGCAUGCAUCAACUUGAGUUUCUGUCUGAAUGCAUCUGGGAAGCAUGUUCCUGAUUCCAUUGGGUUCGCUGUGGAGCUGCAUCUCGACCGCCUCAAACACAAAGGAGCAAUAAAGCGGGCCCUCUUCCUGAGUUCCCAGCAAUCCCACCUCAUUCAGAGCCUCCAGGUCCGCAAUGGAGCCAGUUCAGAGUGCCGUGAGAUGAAGAUUUACCUGAGGAAUGAGUCAGAAUUCCGGGACAAGCUCUCCCCCAUCCACCUGUCACUGAACUUCUCGCUGGAUCCGGAGGCGCCACCCGAUGCACAUGGCCUACAGCCCAUCCUUAACUACCACACACGCCACCACAUUGAACAGAAGGCCCAAAUUCAGCUGGACUGUGGAGAGGACAAUGUCUGUGUCCCUGACCUGCAACUUGAUGUCUUUGGGGACCACACUGUUGCCUAUCUGGGAGACAAGAAUACAGUGAACCUUUCGUUCCGUGCGGCGAAUCGUGGAGAAGGUGGUGCCUAUGAAGCUGAACUCCAUGUGACAAUCCCACCCGAGGCAGACUAUACAGGAGUUCAACGCAACUAUGGGAACAUUUCCAGCCAGAGCUGCCACUAUGAUACCAUGAAUGACACAAAUAUGGUUAUCUGUGACCUUGGCAAUCCAAUGAAAGCAGGUGUCAGCCUCUGGGGAGGCUUGCGUUUUACUGUGCCCCGUGUCACCGAUGCUAAACCAUCCAUCCAGUUUGAUUUCCAGAUUCACAGCAAGAACGCCAACAAUUCUCACAGCGAAGUGGAAUCAUUUGUCCUGCACGUCGAGGCUGCCUUUCACCUUUCAUCCCAUGGAGCAUCCAUGCCAGACACUGUAUCUCUACCUGUGUCUGGUUGGGUCCCAGGUAGAUCAAUGCAGCGUGAACAAGAUGUCGGUCCUGGGGUCUGCCACGUCUAUGAGUUUGUCAACGAGGGGCCCAGCGCCAUCAGUGAAGGAGUGUUAGACAUCAGCUGUCCUCUCCGAGUGCAAGGACGAGCUAUACUGUAUGUGACAAGCUACACAGUGCCGGCAAAUUGUACCUCCAGCAGUCCCAUUAAUCCAUCACAUCUGCAGCUGGAGCAACCUCCAACACCUUUUCCUGGACAGGAGCAGCACUAUGUGCAGAAGCAAGAUGGAGGCACUUUCCCUCUGAAGUGUGAUGAAGAUGAAUGUUUCCAACUACACUGCCGCACGGGAGCGUUGCAACGGCAAGAAAGUGUCAGCUUACGCCUCUGUUUUCGUAUCUGGUCCAAAAGCUUUCAACAGAAAGAGAACUAUCCCCAGGCUAUCCAGUGUGAAGCCGUCUAUCAUAUGCAAAAGGUGCCCUACAAAAUUCAGCCUCUAGAGCACUCCACCACUCAUCUGAAGGUGUCAACAUCACUCCAUUGGGCUAAGGCAGAGACUAGCCAAGGUGUUCCUCUAUGGAUCAUCAUCUUAGCCAUCCUGAUUGGACUGCUGCUGUUGGCACUGCUCAUCUAUGUGUUGUACAAGCUGGGCUUUUUCAAACGCUCCCUUCCUUAUGGCACAGCCAUGGAGAAAGCUCAGCUGAAACCACAAGCAGCUUCAGAGGCCUAGCGGGUUCAGCGUUGCCUUCUAUGUG